AUGGCCCUCGAUGCUUACACCUAUGUCUUCGCCUUGGGCAGCAUGUUUGCGCUGCUCGAGGCGUACAACAACGGUGCAAACGAUGUCGCCAACGCCUGGGCCACGAGUGUCUCGUCGCGAUCCGUCACCUACCGACAGGCCAUGAUCCUUUGCACGAUUUUUGAGAUAACCGGUGCUCUCGCGGUGGGCGCCCGGACCGCAUCCACCAUCAAGAACGGGAUCAUUCCCAGCACCGCCUUCGGCGACAAUGCAGGAGUUCAACUGCUCGCCUUUGCCUGCUCUUCUGCCGGCGCCGCCAUCUGGGUCAUGUGGUGCACGAGAAACUCGGCCCACGUUUCCUCCACCUACUCCCUGGUCUCGUCGAUUGCCGGUGUUGGUGUCGCUGCCGUCGGGGCGAGCAAGGUUCAAUGGGGCUGGAGCGAUGGCUCAGGCCUCGGUGCCAUCUUCGCCGGCCUAGCCAUGGCUCCUUUCAUCUCGGGCUGCUUUGCUGCCAUUAUCUUUCUGCUCAUCAAGUACACCGUCCACAAGCGCAAGAAUCCUGUGCCGUGGGCCGUCUGGACCUCGCCCGCCUUUUUCCUUAUCGCCGGUACCAUUUGCACGCUCUCGAUCGUCUACAAGGGCUCUCCAAACCUUGGCCUUGACAAGAGGCCGCCUUCGUUCAUUGCGUCUGUUACGUUGGGCGUUGGCUUCGGCCUCUGCCUCCUGUCGGCCCUCUUCUUCGUCCCCUACGUCCACGCCAAGGUCGUCAAAAAGGACGACACACUCAAGUGGUGGAUGUUCUUCCAGGGGCCCUUGCUCUUCAAGCGCCCUCCGCCCCCUGACGCCGAGACGCGGAAAGCCAAGGUUCCGAACUACGAGGUCGUCCAGGAGAAGACCACCGAGUCGGACUCGGAGGACUCCACCACUGCCGCCAAGCUACCCAAAGGAAGCGCUGACAUGGAAAUUGCACCGGUCGGCGCGGCCGAUUCCGUCCGAGACAGCGAGAAGGGUCCUGGGGGCCUCGUCGAGUACUCGUACGCACAGUACCAGCAGCUCCUGCGUGACGCUGAAGAGCGCCAUCACGCCAAUCUUCGCAAGACCAAGGGCCCUCUCGGGUGGGCGAUGCGUCAGCUCCAUGCCAACAGGCUUAGCGCCGGCUCCAUCCACGAGACGCGCAACCUCAUCGCCAUGGUCAAGCGCCUCCCUGCUAUGGUCAUUGUUGCUCUCCUCUACGGCACCCACUACGACAUCCACACUAGCCAGAUCGGCAUACGAAAUACUCCCGAGGGACGCCGCAUGGAGCGCGUCUACGCCUACGCCGAGAAAUACCCCAAUGAAGUCGAGCAUCUCUAUUCUUUCGUUCAAGUCCUCACCGCCUGCACAGCCUCCUUCGCGCACGGUGCCAACGAUGUCGGUAACGCCGUCGGUGUCUGGGCCGGCAUGUACGCUGCUUGGUCGACUGGGCACCCAAGCGCGUCCAAGGCUGAGGUGCCCAUGUGGCAGCUCGGCGUCACUGCUGCCACCAUCUGCAUUGGCUUCAUUACCUACGGCUACAACAUCAUGAAGGUCAUGGGCAACAAGCUCACCUACCACUCGCCCAGCCGUGGCUCUUCCAUGGAGAUGGGUGCUGCCAUCACCAUUCUCAUUUUCUCACAAUAUAAACUGCCCGUCUCGACGUCCAUGUGCAUCACGGGCGCGACGGUUGGCGUUGGUCUUUGCAACGGGACCUACAAGGCGGUUAAUUGGAAGCGGUUCUUUCUUCUGUUCUUCUCUUGGGUGGUGACUGUCCCCAUCGCCGGUCUCAUUGGUGGCUGUCUGAUGGGGCUCGCUGUCAACACCCCUCACUGGUGA